AUGAAUAAACAUCUCAUUACAUUCUUUCUCUCAUAUCUUACUGUCUUUUCGGUCAUACCUAUAAUAUACGCUAGGCCUAGUGCCAAUAUAGCGGCUUUUACGCAAACGAAACCCGUACAUGCCAGGGUGAAAUUCAAUCAUAAAAAAUUAAAUGGCUCGUUUGAACUUUUUGACAAUCAGUUAGACAGCGGAACACAAGUAACCGGAUUCUGGAAAACCUGGAAAAGAAAUUCAUAUGAAUACGCAUUCUUUUCGUAUAUACAUACGGAUUGCUCGUCCGUCGAAGAAGACACGAUUUUCGAGACUGACGUGACUGAUGCAUUCACCGCUCAAAAUUCAGAUGAGAAUGAAGUAAGUCAUCGAUUCAUCAAGCGGACAGAUGUAUCAUGGCUAUAUGGAAAGCAUAUUGAGUCGGUUGUCGUUGCGUACGAGACUCGAAUAUCGAAUUCUGGAACAAUACGAUAUCAAAAGAUAACGUGUGCGCCUGUGAUGCAUGAAGAACCGAAAUUAUAUGAUUCUGAA